AUAAGCUAGAAUAGUAGUAUGUAACCUGGUUUCCUACAGGAACCAGUAAAUAAAAUUCUUUUUUAGGCAAAAUGGCCGGCGUUGAUUCAACUGACGACUCUCUCUACCCAAUUGCUGUUCUGAUAGAUGAAUUAAGAAAUGAAGAUGUGCAGAUACGCCUUGUUAGUAUUAAAAAGCUGUCGACAAUAGCAUUGGCACUUGGCGUUGAGAAAACAAGAAGUGAACUUAUUCCUUUUUUAACAGACACAAUCUAUGAUGAAGAUGAAGUAUUAUUGGCACUCGCAGAGCAAUUGGGCCAGUUAACUCCCCUUGUUGGAGGCCCAGAAUAUGUACAUUGUUUGUUGCCCCCUCUAGAGAGUUUGGCCACUGUAGAAGAAACAGUUGUACGUGACAAGGCAGUAGAAUCUCUUAGGACUAUUGCAGCACUACACAGUCCUGCUGAUCUAGAGAACCAUUUUGUUCCUCUUGUAAAAAGAUUAUCUGGAGGUGAUUGGUUUACAUCCAGAACAUCAGCCUGUGGUCUCUUCUCAGUCUGUUAUCCAAGAGUGUCAAACUCAGUAAAGGCAGAGCUAAGACAACACUUCAGAAACUUAUGUGGUGAUGAUACCCCUAUGGCUAGGAGAGCUGCUGCUGGUAAACUUGGAGAGUUUGCUAAAGCUGUCGAACUAGAUAUACUCAAGUCAGAUCUAAUCCCACUGUUUACUGCUCUAGCUCAGGAUGAACAGGACUCUGUCAGACUUUUGGCUGUAGAAGCUUGUGUCAGUAUAGCAUCCCUAUUACAAGCAGAAGAUACGGAACAGUUUGUUAUGCCCACUCUUAGACAAGCUGCAGAAGAUAAGUCAUGGAGGGUCAGAUAUAUGGUAGCAGAUAAAUUCACAGAGCUACAAAAGGCUGUUGGUCCAGAAAUCACAAAGACAGACUUAGUGCCAGCUUUCCAGGGUUUACUAAAGGAUUGUGAGGCAGAGGUCAGAGCUGCAUCUUCUCACAAGGUCAAAGAAUUUUGUUCCAACCUGUCUCCUGAUAUCAGAGAAUCUGUGAUUAUGACAAACAUUUUACCUUGUGUCAAAGAUCUGGUAUCUGAUGCCAACCAACAUGUCAAGUCAGCAUUAGCAUCAGUCAUCAUGGGGCUGUCACCAAUUCUUGGAAAGGACAACACGAUAGAACAUUUAUUGCCAUUGUUCCUGACACAGUUGAAAGACGAAUGUCCUGAAGUCAGAUUAAACAUCAUCUCAAACUUGGACUGUGUAAAUGAGGUGAUUGGUAUCAAACAGUUAUCCCAGAGUUUAUUACCAGCCAUUGUAGAACUAGCAGAGGAUACCAAGUGGAGAGUACGAUUAGCUAUCAUUGAAUACAUGCCAUUGUUAGCUGGACAGUUGGGAGUAGAAUUCUUUGAUGAGAAACUUAAUUCACUGUGUAUGACAUGGUUGGUUGAUCAUGUUUUUGCAAUAAGAGAUGCAGCUACAUUAAAUUUAAAGAAACUGGUAGAAAAGUUUGGAGUAGACUGGGCACAGCAAACAGUUAUACCAAAAGUAUUACAGAUGUCACAUGAUCAGAACUACUUACACAGAAUGACAUGUCUUUUCUGUAUAAACUUACUGGCAGAAGCUGUAGGACCAGAAAUGACAAUAAAACUUAUGUUACCCACCAUCUUAGGAAUGGCAGGUGAUAAUGUUGCCAAUGUUAGAUUUAAUGUUGCCAAAACACUACAGAGAUUAGGUCCCAUCUUUGAGCAGUCACUUGUACAACAGCAAGUGAAGCCAGCUUUAGACAAAUUGAAAGCCGAUGCAGAUAUUGAUGUACAGUACUAUGCUGUUGAAGCUUUAGAUGCUCUGAAAAUAAGUUAAAAGAUAUUCGUUGUAAUGUUGCAGAGGUCUAUAUAUAUGUGAUGUUACCGUGUGCUAUUGACUGAUAUUUGUCCAUUCUCUGUUUUUCAGGUCUAUAUAUAUGUGAUGUUACCCUGUGCUAUGGACUGUGAACACUCUAGAACAAUUUGUGUUAUUAACAGCACUUGAUUGAACAAAACAAUUCAUACUUUUUUAAUGUUAUCUGUUUAGUAUAGCGAUUGAUCAUAUUUUGUGGAUUUUCAAUACAGUAAUUGACAAUAAGUUAAAAUCAAUUUAGAUUUAUUUUUAACUCUAUUUUUUAAUUGUUUUAUGUUUAUUCAAGUCUAAAUUACUUCAUUAUAAUUACUGUGAGGAUAUAGGCAGAUGUUUCGCACAUGUACAAAUUAACAGUCAUAUUCUGAUUAACAAAAUGUUGAUACUUGUUAAUAUAAUUAUCAGUCAAAGACCGAAUUGAUUUUCUUAUUUCUACCUUAAUGUUGUGUGAUUCAGCAAGUUAUUUUAGUGCUUCAUAUGAAAUGUAUUAGAAAUAAUUAAAAAUCCAUGCUUCUUCAACAGUUUGGCAGAAACUUGAUCAAUACUUGGUUCAGUACUAGUACAAGCAUAUUUAAAAAAAAAAUGAUUAAAUAUAUAUUUGUUGUAUUGAAGUAUAUAUAAAGCUGUUUAGAAUUAAUACAUGAAUCUACAGACUGAAUCAUGAAUCAUACAACUCAUACUUAAAACUUACAUGUUAUUUAUUGACAAUAUAUGUAGGCAUUGAGAGCUAUAAAAUAUUGAUUUAUAUAACAAUGA